AUGGAAAUUACUUCGGCAAGGGGUAGGGCGCUCGCAGCGCAAAAACCGGCCUUCCAGGACGUUUUGGGGGAUCUGUGGGAUGCGCAGUCCAAUCCCGAAGGUAUAGUCAAUCUCGGUCUGGCCGAGAAUACUCUCAUGCAUGCAGAGAUGAUGGAAUUUGUCAACAGCAAUGCCCAAUUUGACGCGCAUGUAUUAACCUACGGGGACGGGUUUAGUGGCUCACAUCGGCUUAAAAAUGCCAUCUGUCAAUUUUUGAACCGUUAUUUCAGCCCCCAAACCGCAUUGUAUCCGUGCGACAUUGCGGUCACGUCGGGUGUCAGCAACGCACUCGAGUGUUGUGCUUGGGCUUUAGCCGAUCCUGGUGACUACAUCCUCGUCGGACGCCCCUACUUCAACGCUUUCAAGACUAUAUUUGGAUCACGACCACAGAUCGGACUACUUGAAGUCGCCUUCGGCACAACCGACCCAUUCAGCAUCACCGCUAUCAACGAAUAUGAGCGGACUUAUGCAGAGGCGAAAAGGAAAGGCCUCCAAGUCAGGGCUUUACUGCUGUGCUCGCCACACAAUCCUCUUGGUUGCUGCUAUUCCGAAGAUGCCUUGAGGGAGUAUAUGAAGUUUUGUUCCAGAAACGGACUUCAUUUGAUCAGCGACGAAAUCUACGCGCAGUCUGUCUGGGAAAAUCCGCGCCUUCCUGAUGCGUCCACUUUCAAGUCGAUAUUAUCAUUCAAAAUAGAGGAAUUCAUGGAUCCAAGAAUGGUGCAUGUUGUUUGGGGGCUAAGCAAAGAUUAUGGUUCAACGGGCUUACGGAUCGGAUGUCUAAUCAGCAAAUACAACAGGAAGCUCCUCGACGCAGUAGAAGGCAUAUCUCUUUAUAAUUUCCCGUCCAGCGUUGCAGAUCGUAUCGCCUCAUCAUUACUUACAGAUGACAGGUUCUUGGAGGAAUACACCUCGACUAACAGGAGUCGGCUAGCAGAAAGCUAUCAAUUUGCGACAGGGUUUCUCCAGGCCCAUAAUAUUCCCUACGUGGAGUGCAAUGCGGCCUUUUUUAUAUGGUUGAACCUGGGCGCUCUGAUGAAAAGCCGAACAGCCACUGAUCAGGACAUCCUUGCUAGGCUUAGACAAGAAAAGGUAUACAUCGCGCCGGGAACUAUUUAUGCUGCAGAAGAAUCAGGGUGGUUUCGCAUGGUGUUUGCGCAUCCACCACACGUCUUGGAAGAAGGUCUCAGUAGGAUGAUUCGCGCUGUCCGGGAGGAUUGAC